GAGAUGAAGCUUUACAUCCUUGUGGCGCUCCUCGGCACCGCGCUUGCGGCGAGAAAUUUCGACAAGGAAUGCCGGCCGGCGAAGGACCACGGAUUCUGCAAAGCUCUGAUUUCCAUGUGGUGGUUCAACGCUGAGAGCGGAAAGUGCGAGCAGUUCUACUACGGUGGCUGCGGAGGCAACGGCAACAAGUACGAGACCGAGGAACAGUGCAUGGAAAACUGUGGGGCCGAAAAGCCCAUUCUGAGACCCUACCCACGUGCUCUGUCUUUCCGUGGAAUGACCAAGGACUACCGCCCAGGAUCUGGAUCAUUCGGAGGAUCCGUUUGCCAAAGGCCACGAUACACGGGUCCUUGUAAGGCUGCCUUCCGUCGCUUCUACUACGACGCUGCGACCAGCUCUUGCCGCCAGUUUGUGUAUGGCGGAUGCCAGAGCAACGGCAACAACUUCGCGUCUCACGCCGCCUGCAUGGCUGCCUGCGCACCUUCGAGUCCUGUGAGGCCCGUGAUGCCCAGCCCACGCAUGGCCUAAGCAAAGCGCUCGCUCUGGCUUGACGCCUAAGAUAUAGGCCACGGACAGCGGGAAGCUUGAAGGCGAAGUCGCAAGAAGAAGAAAAGAAAAUUAUGACGCGGAGAAUUGCGCUAUGCCAUAUCACUCAAAUUGGGCAAGUUUUUGGGAAUCUGCAAACGCAUCUUCCACUGUUUGGCCAGCUGCAACUGAUCAACGUUUCCUUUAUUGUCAUCACGUGCGGCCUUUUGACUUGGCAUCUGAAUAAAACUUG